GUACCAGCUUUAUUCACCGAGAAUUUUGAAUGUCAAGAUAUUCGAAAGAAUUUUGUUUAUGGUAUUUUGACAGCUGAUUUAUUAUGGAAAUCCAUUUAUUGCCAUCUUGUUAAAGAUGUUUAUGCUGCAAGAACUUUUCCUAUUGCCAUAGACAGUAAUAUUCAAGAAGGUGAUAACUAUGAGUUUAUGCGUGGGCAUAUUUAUAAAGAGAAAGAUGGUUUGCUAUCAAG